CACCAGCUGAAUAUCCCCUCUGAAUGGACCCUACAGUCACCUGCCUGUCAUUUGCACUUGGACUCUGCAGGAUCCAGACCUAAGGCAUGGAGUAAAAACUUAGCACAAACAAAUCCUGAUUGAGAAAUAACCUGCUCUGCAUUUGGAAAACUCUGAGAAGAGAAAAGUCUCUGGGGAAGAGGAGCCUUCUUCUGUAGCCAUGAUUGGUGAACAAUGCCAGGUUCCCAAAGUAACAGAAGCCGGAGAUUUAACCAGUCCUUCUAAGGGAAGUGACAAACUGAGCAUGAAGGUCAAUGUGGAAUAUACCGAGCAGACUGAUAACAGCAGAGAAAUGGACUCUUCUAUCCUUUGUGUGGAGAAUUGUAACAUGAAUAGAGAUGAGAAUGAAAACUUCCCAUUUUGCAACGGACACUCUGAGAGUUUUGAGCAAUACUCCGAAAGCGUGGGAUCUUUCGAAUCCGACCAGACCGUUGAUAAGUGUGACACUUCGGGGUUAAGCCAACCAUUCAACGAAUGUUUUCAGCACUGUGAGUGUUUUAAACCUUGCAAGUCCUCUGAGCACUGUGCUAAUCAUAGCUUAGCUUCUGAAUGUAGUCCUUGCUGUGAACAUUGUGCAGAACACCUCCAGUUAUGUCAGCAAUGCAAGCCCUCUGAUCAACAGUUUGAGUCUUUUGACUCUGAGCCAGAUCCUUCGGCUUUAAACUGUGAUAGUUUUGAGCAGUUUGAAAUGUCUGAUUUGGAACCUGAAUGUCCAGAAGACUUCGAGUUACUGCAACAGUACGAGUUAUCCGAUCAGCAGUACGAGUGCUCUGACUCUGAGGCGGACACAUCAACGGAGGACUCUGAGCAAUGUGAAUCAACCAACAUCUCUGACUCAGUGGACUCAUUGGACUGUAGCACUGAUCUUUUUGAAUGUGACGACACUCAGAAUCAAAAUGAUUGCAAUGAAAAUAAUAAUGGUGAUUACGUAGAGAGCUAUCCAACUGAACAAGAGGACGAGCAAAAUGAAACACAGCAUAUCGAUGAAGAGUCCGGCGUUUAUUUUGAUGACGAUGAAGAGGGUACCUUUGAGGAUGAAUGCACUGAAGACAUCCCUACAGAUCCAAAUGAAAUGGCUGAAACUGAGUACCCCGAAACAAGCCCAGAGUAUGAUCCAGCUGAACAAUGUGCGACUUCAGAGCAGUGCGACUCUAAGUCCUCAGAGUUCUGCGGUGAGGAAGAUGGCUCCUCAGAUUGCUCUUCUGUUGAAACCAAAUCUUUUAAUACUUGUCCUGAGUGCUGUAUUCCUUCAGAUGGCUGCUCCAACUCAUCAGGGGAAUCUGAAAAAGGAGCUCAGGAGGAUUCAGGUGAUGAGCAGAUGCAGUGGGAAUCUUUCGAAGAUGAUGAAUACGUAGAGAAAAGCAAUAUUAACGAAAGCAACGAGGACAAAAAGAAAACAUCCGCUGUUCAUAUGGUUAUUGACGAUUACUUCGAUCUGUUUGACAAAGGGGACAAUUAUGGACACGCUUUCACACAAAAGCAACAUUACAUCUCCUGCUUUGACGGGGGAGAUAUCCAUGACCGCUUAUUUCUUGAAACAGUUCAAUCUGAGGCAAAGAGACUUGCUAAAAAUGAACACGGAUAUAAAGAAGACAAUGAAGAAAUUCACAUAAACAAUACAGUUACAUGUUUUGAUGUUCCUGAAGAAGCAUGUGAAGAAACUCAUGAGGAAGACGAAGGUCCAUCAGAUGAUAACUCAGUUGGAUCGUGUGAGUCAGAGAAACAACUUGAGGACUGGAUUGAAGAACCGGAAUCAGAAUUAGAGGCCAAUUUGACUUAUGUAGAAAAAAGAAGUGAGGAAGCAGAGGGAGAUGAGGAAGCUUUGUGUGAAGAAUCUUUGGGUGAAGAAGCUUGUGCGUUUGAAGGCCGUGUUUCUGAAAACUCAAACGAAGAGGAAUCUGAGGGUGAGAGUAUGUGUGCUCCGUGUGCAGAUGACAUUUCUGUUGAAGGCGAUGCUUAUGAAGAUCAAAAUUCAGAAUCGUCUGACCUGUCUGCCAUUGAUCACUUGCCAUUAACUGUAGCUGAAAACCAAGAGGAUGAGAAAGACGAGAUUGAGCCCGAGGGCAAAGUAUUUAUUGAAUGUUCAGAAAUGGAGCCAUAUUGGUCACUUGUAGAUCAUGAGGAGGAUGAAGAGAUUUACAAGCCAGGUGUUGAGGACUACUAUCUUUAUCAGAUUGAAAGCAUUCAGUCGUGUGUAAAACAGUCCAAGAACGGGUUAAUUAUCUAUGAAAAAUCUAAAAGGGAUCCUGAAUUAGUGAGUUUAGCGUAUUACUCUGUAGUAGAUAGAACGACUGGUGAAGAGGAAUCAGAAGAAGAACCUGAAUUCAGAGACAUAAAGCUUCCUUCAGGUAUUAUUCACAGUGUUGCAAAACACGAGGAAAGGGAUGCACAGGUGCAGGUCAGAAGGACUGAGGAAGACAAGGCCUCCGAACAAAACGAGGAUUCAGAAGAGGAGCAGAGCGACGAUGAAUCCUGUGAGGCCUGUGAAUGCGAGUACUGCAUUCCACCAACAGAGCAGGUUCCAGCAAAACCGCUGCUCCCACGGGUGAAAUCCAAUGACGCAGGGAAGAUCUGUGUGGUGAUUGAUUUGGAUGAAACACUAGUGCAUAGUUCAUUUAAGCCAGUGAACAACGCUGAUUUUAUCAUUCCAGUGGAAAUUGAUGGAACAGUUCACCAGGUUUACGUGUUAAAGAGACCCCACGUCGACGAAUUCCUCAAGAGGAUGGGAGAAAUGUUCGAGUGUGUUCUGUUCACUGCAAGCUUAUCGAAGUAUGCAGAUCCUGUGUCAGACCUGUUGGACAAAUGGGGGGCCUUCCAGAGUCGCCUCUUCAGGGAGUCGUGUGUUUUCCACAAAGGGAACUACGUCAAAGACCUGAGCCGCUUAGGAAGGGAUCUCAACAAGGUCAUCAUCAUUGACAACUCCCCGGCCUCCUACAUCUUCCAUCCAGACAAUGCAGUUCCUGUUGCGUCCUGGUUUGACGACAUGUCGGACACCGAGCUCCUCGAUCUUAUCCCCUUCUUUGAGAGACUGAGUAAAGUAGACGACAUCUAUGAUUUUCUCCAGCAGCAGAGGACUUCAAGUUAACAGAGAUAGUGGGAUAAAAAAAACAAAAAAAUGAUCACCAGCAGCUGUCAUCACGGGGCCACGGAGGCUGGUGGGCCAAAGGCUCCACGCUGCUUCCAACUACAAGGACCACACUGCAAAAAAAAUGCCUGUCAUUAAAUCUCAUAUUCUUCCUCUUUAUUGCACAAGAAGGUAAAAAUAAAUCAUUCGGAGGGGUUUUAUACUUUCACACUGGAAAGUCCAUCAGGAAGUUUUGUUAGUAUAACACUGAAUAUGAGAUUCAAUGACCUCUGUAGAUUUUCUUUUGCAGUGCAGCUAGUGUGUUGUUGUUGUUGUUGUCGUAAUGUGACAGCAGUGACUUAUAUAAGUGUGAUGUAAACCUAGAUUGUGUGAACGGUCGUUCAACGCCAUUGUACAAAUGAACCACAUCAGUAAUUGUCAUGUCAGUAUCAUGUAGCAUUCGAAGCUCUAACACAGAUCAUAGAGUCAUCGAAUACUUCCCCUUAAAUACCAUCGACUUCCUUUUGUUAGCCAAACACGGCUGAAUGUGUGUGUAGUCAAAGACAAUCAUUAACUCUAGGGAAAGUGUGUUGGUUGAAUAAUUCCUAUAACAUGUCGUGAUGCAUUUUAAUGAACAUUUUGGAUCUGCACUUAUCAUGUGUCUUUGGAAAAGUUUUGUCUGCUGGGGUGGAAUCAGACUCCAGAAGCAUGACAGCUCUCGUCUUUCAGAUUGGAAACAAACUGGAAUAGUAAUCAUGGGAAGCCAUAUCCAGUUGUGGAUUGAUUGUAGUCUUUAUUAACUACAUUACAGAUAAUAGAUCUAAUCACUAAACUCUGUCAUACUGGACUCUCUAUUUUUUUUUAAUGUGUUUUGACCCUUUUAUUUGUUGUCUUGUUUCCAGGUCAGGCACAACACAUCAUUAUCUUGUUUCUUUAAAAAUCAACCUCAUAUCUGCAAACUCCAACAAAACCUGAAUAAGAGAUAUAAGAAAUCCAGUCUGGAUCUUUGAGAGACUUCUUGUUUUAACCGAUUACUCCUGAACUGAAUUUUAAUAUACACAGAUUUGCACAUGGAAAAAAAGGUUGUACUUUAUUUUUGAAGUGUGUCAAAUCUGGAGUAAAGAAAUCAUUUUAUUUUGGUUUUAUAUUAAUCUUUAUUUAAAGUUUUAUCAGUGGAAUCAGCCACAGCGGUGAGCGGCUUGUCAGAAUUCAGUCUUCGUUCACAGGAGGACGGAGUUGCGUCCAUUCAAACUCCAAGGGAAACCUUCAGUAUUUCUAAACCUUUUUUUCUUUUUACAGAUUUUGGGUCUAAAUGACUUCAAUCAAUCAAUCAUUAUUUGUACGCCAAUUCAUAACAAGUGUUAUCUUGAGACGCUUCCUGUUGUCCACACUUCCUUGCCGCUGACUUGACAGUCUGAGCAGACCAUGCAUGAAUGAGGAACAAAAAGUAGAUUAUUGCUGCCGCCGGCCAUGGAGCAGGCUGCAAUGUUUUACUACUGAGAGGCUCAGAGUGUCUGAAUCAUUAUGGAAUAGAUUCAUACAAAAAAAAAAAAUUAAAUGAUUAAUUAAAGUAAGUUGCCGUUUUCAAAGCAGAAACUGCUUCUGCUUGGAAAGGGAUCAUAGGAGUCAUCUCUCACCUCUCUCUUUCCUGAAUAUUAUCCAUCUAUCUUACCCACAAAAGGCAAAAAUAGUCUCAAAUAAUCAUUACAAAUUAUCUUACUUUACCUAGGACAUGUAUCCUUAUUGCCUUUCUCAAUGCUGUCAGAUGCAUUUGAUGAUAUCUGGAGUUUUUCUGUGCCAAACACGAGCUGUUGUGGUGAAAGUACAGGCUGUCCUGUGGCUGCGUACGGAAGCAAUCUGCAGCAGCAACGCCUCAACAUGUUUUUACCUUUGAAUAUUUUAAAACACCUUUAUGAAAACAUAUUAUAUUAUCAUAUAUAGGCCUGGGAUUAAAAAUACUGGAGUUCCCCUUUAAACAUAUCUGAAAGCACACCUUGAUGAAUUCAAUCAUGACAGGUUUUUUCCUCGUUGGAUCCUUUAGUGGAGUUCGGAUGUAACAUGCUUAUUAACCUGUUUAUCCAGUUUCAUGGGGGAGACUUGAAGCAGACAUCUUUAGUGUGUCUCUCUGUAUGUGUGUGUGUGGGGGUUUCAGCGUGAUUGUACCUGUGUGAGUAUUGACAUUGUUUAAUAUUUUAAAAACAAGAUACGUGAAAACCAUAACCUGUCUUUAAAUAAUGAUUUAACUUUUCUUUUUUUACUGAAUGCAACACGAGUAUUAACGUUGUGACUCGAGUUAAGAAACUGGUUCAAACGAGUGAGUUUUUAAAAUUGCUGCUGAUUAAUCAUUGAUUUAAAACAAAAACAAAAACUACACACAACUAGAGAUAUUUCUACCUUGUGUCAAUAAAGCAUGUUUUAUUGAAACAGA